AUCUAAAUGGAGGCAUUAAGAAGGGACUGCUGUCUGCUGUUAUAGCACCACUCUCACAACUAUGUCUCCCUUUUCUCUUUCCUGCCAUGGACAAGCUAAUCGCACUCUUGUUUUUGCUGCCAUUGUUUAUAUUUAGUAAGGAUGGCACAGUCACGGCUGGCUUUAAAGGCUCGCCCGGUGCCAGCCUCGGUCUUACUGAUGGCACUCAGGACAAACUGGCAUACCAUCACAACCAUCAGGACCAUCAUGAUGGAGGCUCUGGCCAAAAGAAUUGGACGUUCACCCUCAGGGUUCAGGUGAAGAAUGCAGUGAGUCAGCAGCCCCUGAGCCAUGCAGUCGUAGAAGUGUUUGCAAACUACACACUUAUCAACUCCACUAUGACCGGCAAGGAUGGCGUCACCGUGCUCCAGGUGCCAUACACACACAGCCAGCCUCUCGUACUGGUUGCCAGAAAAGAUAGUUACAUCCAAACUCCGCUGCUGUGGAAAACAACCAAAAUACCACUUUUUUCAUCAGUGACACUGCCGCUUUUCUACCAAAACCAAGGAAACAUAUGGCUGUUUGAAGAUCUGGUCGUCAUAACAGGCAAACUGUCUGACACUGUGCCUCCUGCAAAUGUGCAGUUUCCAAAGAGGCUGCUCUCUCUACCAGACAGCAACAUCUCCUCAUUAACAGCCUACCUGACUGUACCUCGUCUUCCUGCAGAGAAACAUUUCUUCCCCAACACCACAGGCCUCAUCAUGAGCAAGUCAGGAUAUAAAAGUGUUGAGUUAAAACCGAUUGCAGCAGUUAAUGUCCAGCUUAUGUAUAAUGGAAUAGAUGUGCAGAUUUCAGGCCCUGUACAGAUCACACUGCCUCUUGCUGAAACCAGCCAAUCACAGCUCUCCUAUAAUGUCCCGGCCUGGUCGUUUGACAGAAAAACUGGUGCAUGGGUGAAUCGUGGUCUGGGAACAGUUAAAAUGGAGAACAGACACUUGGUUUGGGAUUACACCGCUCCCCAUCUGGACUACUGGAUUGCUGCUCCUUUCCCCUCAUCUGCAGGUUACCUGGGACAUGGAAAUGCUUUGGACUUCAUUUCAUACAAUGCAAACCUUCUUGUUCCAGUAGUAGGAGGAGGGUUAGUUAUUGCUGUUGGAUUGCUUGCUGUGGUGUCUUGCUAUUGUAGAGACUCCCUUUGUAAGCGAAAAAGAAAGCGAGUCCAUGGCCGAAAAACAGCAGCUCAGAAGAAGGAACAGACCACUACUAGAAACAACAGCUUUGAGCAGCUGGACAUUUCUUUAAAGGCUCCAAUAUCUCGCAAAAACAAGCAUCGUUCAGCAGCAUUUCAAAGCACAUCAGCAAGUAGGCGAGAUCACCCUGAGAUAAAAAGGAAAUUUAACAGGAAUAAUGAGAAAACUGGUCAGGGAGAAGUUAGAAAUCAUGAAAACAAAGUUAAUAUUGUCCAGGAAUCUGCUAAAAACUUACAGACACCACAAACCAUUAACAAUAGUAAGCUUGUGAUACCAGUAUCUCUGCAUGAAAAUAUGCAUCUUCCACAAAGCUUAGUUCUGUAUAACCAGACUGUAGCAUUGAUUCAGGUUCCACACGACAUCACAUCAUCAGAUCAAGCAUCGGGAAGCAGGUCCGCCACGCUACCUAGGAAGGCACUCCAGUACAAUGACCUGGACCAAACAGUUAACAAGCAAACACUGACAAAAAUGGCACUACUCUCAGAUGGCAAGCAGCAAGUGCUAACUAUGGAGGCACCAUAUGGUGAGUCCAAAACUAAAGGGUGGAGCUGCUUGUUAGAGUCUGUGUCUGUCCCAGACACCUUGAACAAAGCUUCACUGAUGGAUAAUUCCUAUGGUACUCAUCAAGGAAGCUCUGAGCAGACACUGCUGGAGCUGUCUAGAAGUAAACCCUUUCCUCAUCCAAAAGCCUGGUUUGUUUCUCUGGAAGGAAAGCCUGCUGCACAGGUCUGCCACUCCAUCAAAGACCUUCAGAAAUGUCACCUCUUACUAACUGACAGUCAUGACACCAGCCUGGACUCAGGUGUCGACCUCAAUGAGCAGCAUAGAAAGCAAAGCCAAAGCCAAACAAAAAGAAACACAACUAACACACAGAUAAUCUACACACAGGAUGCAGAAGUGAGCAGCUGUGAAAGUGGUACAAUCACAGCCUGCACCCCAGAAGAGCUCUCAUUCAAAAACACACACCAGAAAAGCUGUGGAACAGUGUCCUACUUGCCAGAGGAGAACUAUGAUGAUAACUUGUCAUAUGAGGGCAGUGAAAUUGUGCCAAGUCCUCAAGUACAAAGGCUCAGGAAGACCAAGGAAAAACCAAAAACCAUGUGGCACCUGAGGGAGGAAAGACCACUUAUGAAGCUAAACUAAAAGCACAUUGUUAAAAAUGUUUCUCAUCAGACUAUAAAGAUUAUAAAACUUAAAAUAUUGCAUUGAUCUACAUAAAACAAUACUAUAAGCUCUUCUUUUUAAACUUUGAUUUUUUUUUUGUUCUUUUAUCGUAUUAUCCCUGCAAAUGAUGCAAUCUUUUGUUUCUUUAACCUGCAAUAGCUUUCUUUCUUUUUGUCUGUACCCAUGCCAUGUAUCAUUUCACGAUCCAUAAAAGCUAUAAGAAGCUUAACCCAUGCAACUGAUGCUGAGCUCCUCUUUCAUUUUUUUUAUUCGAAGACUAUUAAUUCUACACAUUCCUAUUUGUUCCAAUAAUAAUUUUCAAAAGCAGUCUAAAUAUGAAAGUUAUUUCAUUCUAUUGUAUAUACAGUACUUUCAAAUGCACUAUUUUAUAACAAUUUUGGUUUAUUUGUAUUAAUAUGUCAAAAAACAGGCCAAAACAUUGACAUUUCAGACGUUUGUAGCCAUUUGGUGUAGAAAUCUUAAGUAUACAGCUUACUGUAGGUAAAAGGCGGCUACUUCUGAAAAGAUGUUUCCUAAUGCCAUCAAUACAUAAAAAGGCCUACUGCAUGCUUAACACCUAUGGUGGCAUUUCGUGUUAUACUUUGCUAU